CCCCGCCGGGUGUCCAUUGGCGUGGCUGCCUGGCUGCCUCCUCCUCCUGCCGCCGCCGCCGCUUCCCUCCCGCGCCUCCUUCGCCCUGCCCAUGUUUUGUAGGUCUGUGUCCAUCCAGCCGCUUGACGUUCAAGUUCGUCGGGAACGUCACGUCCGCACUUGAACUUGCAGCUCAGGGGGGGCUUUUGCCAUUCUCUCUCUCUCUCUCUCUCUUUUUCCCUCCUCUCCUCUCCUUUCCCUUUCCCUCCUUUCUUCUUCCCUCCUCUGGCACCAAAAGAAAAAGAAAAGCGGGAGAAGAAAAAGAAAGAAAGAGGAACCCCAAGGAGCCAGAAAUAAUCCUAAUAACCCUACUCCUAGUAGUAAAGAGAGCCACCCUGACCAUGCCUGCCCCUCUGCCACCCUUCCUCCUCCUCCCCCUCCUCCCCGCGCCAUCUUUGUAUCAUUUCUAAUUUAUUUUCGGAUGUCAAGAGGCAUUGAUGAAGAGCUUGGCUGGGGAGAGUCCUGCCUGGCUCCCGAGGUGAGCCGGGAAGGCGAGCCCCAGAAGGACCAGGAGAGGAGGAGGAGGAGGAAGGAAAGCGUCUCCUCCGAGAGAGAGACCCCCGAAGACCCAACGACAACAGCAGCAGCAGCAGCAGCAGCAGCGGCCACCAGGACCCUCCGCCGCCGCCGCCGCCGCGAUGUCUCGCCGCAAGCAAGGGAAGCCUCAGCACUUAAGCAAGCGGGGAUUCUCACCCGAACCUAUUGAAGCCAUUCUUACGGAUGAGGAACCAGAUCAUGGUACGUUGGGAGCUCCAGAAGGGGACCAUGACCUCCUUACCUGUGGCCAGUGUCAGAUGAACUUCCCGUUGGGGGACAUCCUUAUUUUUAUUGAGCACAAACGGAAGCAAUGCAAUGGCACUCUUUGCCUAGAGAAGGCUGUGGAUAAGCCCCCAUCACCCUCGCCGAGCGAGUUGCGAAAAGCAUCCAAUCCUGUGGAGGUUGGCAUCCAGGUCACGCCUGAAGAUGACGAUUGUUUGUCAACGUCAUCUAGAGGAAUUUGCCCUAAGCAGGAACAUAUAGCAGGUAAAGAUGAACCCAGCAGCUACACGUGUACGACAUGUAAACAGCCAUUCAACAGCGCCUGGUUUCUUUUGCAACAUGCACAGAACACUCAUGGAUUAAGAAUCUACUUAGAAAGUGAACACGGAAGUCCCCUGACACCACGGGUUGGUAUCCCAUCAGGACUAGGUGCAGAAUGCCCUUCCCAGCCACCACUCCAUGGGAUUCAUAUUGCAGACAAUAACCCUUUUAAUCUGCUCAGAAUACCCGGGUCAGUUGCGAGAGAAGCUUCAGGUCUUGGAGAAGGGCGCUUCCCUCCCACACCGCCUUUGUUUAGUCCCCCUCCAAGACAUCACUUGGAUCCCCAUCGCAUAGAGCGCCUGGGUGCUGAAGAAAUGGCCCUUGCAACCCAUCACCCCAGUGCCUUUGACAGGGUGCUGCGACUCAACCCCAUGGCCAUAGAGCCCCCAGCUAUGGAUUUUUCCAGGCGGCUUCGGGAGUUAGCUGGAAACACUUCUAGUCCGCCAUUGUCACCGAACCGUCCCAGUCCUAUGCAAAGGUUACUGCAACCAUUCCAGCCAGGCAGCAAGCCACCAUUUCUGGCAACUCCGCCUCUUCCUCCUCUUCAGUCUGCUCCUCCCCCUUCCCAGCCUCCCAUCAAAUCCAAGUCCUGUGAAUUUUGUGGGAAAACCUUCAAGUUUCAGAGCAACUUAGUUGUCCACCGUCGGAGCCACACUGGAGAAAAACCGUACAAGUGCAGCCUUUGUGACCACGCGUGUACUCAAGCGAGCAAGCUAAAGCGCCACAUGAAAACCCAUAUGCACAAGUCCUCCCCAAUGACCGUCAAGUCGGAUGACGGUCUCUCCACAGCCAGCUCCCCAGAGCCAGGAACCAGCGACCUUGUCGGCAGUGCGAGCAGCGCCCUCAAAUCUGUUGUGGCCAAGUUCAAAAGUGAGAAUGACUCCAAUAUGAUUCCGGAAAAUGGGGAUGAAGAAGAGGAAGAAGAGGAGGAGGAGGAAGAAGAGGAAGAAGAAGAAGAGGAAGAAGAUUUGACUGAAAACGAAAGGCCGGACUAUGGAUUUGGCAUUAACCUAGAAGCAGCUCGUCACCAUGAGAACAAUUCCCGGUCCAUCGAGGAGAAUCGCGCAAUGCCAGAUGUCAUGCAGGGAAUGGUCCUGAGUUCCAUGCAGCACUUCAGCGAGGCCUUCCAUCAGGUACUCAGCGAGAAGCAUAAACGAGGGCAUUUGUCUGAACCUGAGGUGCAUAGAGACACUUGCGAUGAAGACUCAGUAGCCGGUGAAUCUGAUCGCAUUGACGACGGUGCCAUGAACGGCCGGGGCUGCUCCCCUGGUGAGUCUGCCUCCGGAGGUUUGUCCAAAAAGCUGCUCCUGGGUAGCCCCAGCUCCUUAAGCCCUUUCUCCAAACGCAUCAAACUUGAGAAGGAGUUUGACCUCCCAGCGGCAGCUAUGCCUAACACUGAAAAUGUUUACUCCCAGUGGCUUGCUGGGUAUGCUGCCUCUCGGCAGCUGAAAGAUCCAUUCCUCAGCUUCGGAGACUCCCGACAAUCGCCUUUUGCUUCCUCCUCAGAACACUCCUCCGAAAACGGAAGUUUACGCUUCUCGACGCCUCCUGGGGAGAUGGAUGGAGGGAUAUCAGGCCGUAGCGGUACAGGAAGUGGAGGAAGCACCCCGCAUAUUAGUGGUCCAGGCCCUGGAAGGCCUAGCUCAAAAGAGGGCAGACGCAGCGACACUUGUGAGUACUGUGGGAAAGUCUUCAAGAACUGUAGUAACCUCACUGUCCACAGGAGGAGCCACACUGGGGAAAGGCCUUAUAAAUGUGAGCUGUGUAACUACGCCUGCGCCCAGAGUAGCAAACUCACCAGGCACAUGAAAACGCAUGGUCAGGUGGGGAAGGACGUUUACAAAUGUGAAAUUUGUAAGAUGCCUUUUAGCGUGUACAGUACCCUGGAAAAACACAUGAAAAAAUGGCACAGUGACCGAGUCUUGAAUAAUGACAUAAAAACUGAAUAGCGGUAUAUUAACAUGUCCCCUUCUCCUAAUUUUCCCCAACCUGCUCCCCCCCCCCCCCCCCCCAUAUAGAGGUUUUCUAGUCCCUUGUGAGUAAAAUAUUGGAAGCUAAGGAUGAUGUUAAGAAAGUGCUUGUCACCAGCACACCUGUUUUCAUUUUCCUUUUUUUAAUCUUUAUUUUGUUUUUUAAUUUUUUCCCCUUUCUUUUUUCUGUUUUCACCAUUUGAAUGCAUGAUCUGUAAUGGGGCAAUACUACGCAAACUUUGAGCCUUUCUCUUGUGCAAUAAUUUACAUGUUGUGUAUGUUUAUUAAUUUUUUAAAAAAAUUAGGCAGCAUGUGUGGUAUGGUUAUGGCUGGGUUCUUUUUUUAAAAAAAGAAAAAUUGUCCCCCAAUUCGUUGCUGAGCGAACACACAAAAACAUACUCACACUCAUGCAUGCAUGCACACCUGCACGCACACACAAACAGAGAGUCCACCAUGGCUGUUUCCAACAAUUUUCCAGAGAGGGGGGAUGAUAGAGAAAAGAAAACAACCAAAACAUUAUUUUUUAAAUAGUAUCAGCCAUGCUGCAUACAUUCCCUGGACACAUAUCAUGCCCAGAUUUGGUUUUGAAACAUAUAGAGGAAGAUGUCCUUUGAAUUAGCUCUCUAUGGACAGAUAGAUAACACUGAAAAGGAAAGGGAAAAAAAUCCAUUGUGUUACCAUGAUCUCUGUCUUUAAAAAAGAUUUGACAUAUCAGUUCUUUUUGUGGCUUCGGGGGGAGGGGAGGAAAAAAUAGGCCUUUUAUUGAACAAUGAGGACAUAAAUGAGACUUAAAUUUGUACUAUCAUUUGGUUUAAAGCAGAAUUUUGAGUGCCUUGAAUCUAUUUAAGCCAUGUUGGUGGCAACUCUACUUGUUCUAAACUUGUAGUUCAACUUCCGCCCUGGGCAAUGGAAAGGAGUCCUUUAGGACCUAGCCAAUAAUUCUGUAUUGUACUUCUCACAACAGUGGCUACCUAAAAACAAAAAGGAAAUUAACCAAGAAAACCCAAGAAGUCCUAGUUAAUCAUCAUUUCAAACUUUUCCCCCUGCCCUCUUUUUCUUCAGUCUGUAAAAAUACAAAAUAAGUCACAUCGCUCGCAUUGAUUCUGUUCCAAUUGAGAAAACUGAAAACAAUCGCAACUCUCUUUCCCUUUUCCCCUAUGAGUAAGUACCCUGUCCCUCCACCACCCCAGUUUCAAAAUUAUGAUUAUUAUUUUGACAAUUAAAAAAAGAAUGUGAAAUGUGCAGAAGGCCUUGAAGAUAAUUAAAUACACUAGGAGGGGGGGAUUCAAUGUAAUGAAGAUUUUUCAAAUAUCUUUUAGUGAUUCUGGCACAAAGAAAAAUUAAAAAUAGAAAGCUAAAAGAGAGAGAGAGAGAGAGAGAGAAAAGGAAUUAGGAUAAUUAACUCCAGGUCCCAUUGGUUGUCAAGUUGACAAUCAAAUUAGAAACGUACAACCUUGUGUAUCAUCUAUUGAUCUCUUUGUAUAGAGAAAGACAUAUAAAACAAGCCCGGCAAUAAUGACGUACUGAGGUUUAACACAGUAGUGCAAAAAUAAUAAUAAUAAUAAUUAAUAUAUAUAUAUAAUGAUUUAUUAGCACAAUGUGGUACUGUUUGCCAUUUAAAACUAAGAACAGGUUAUAAGCUAAUACUGGUAUGAUGAUUAACUAUGAGCUAUUCAGAUUUGCCUUGGAGUGUGACAUUCUGGAAGAAGGAAAAAGAAGAGAGAGAUGAUUUUAGAAAGAGUAGCGGUGUAUGUCUGUGCUCCCUAAAAGUUCUUCAUUUUGUUUCAUUUGAUCAUAUGCUACAUGCUAUAGUUGUGUUGACAUGGAAAAAGGAUUCAUUGUUUUUAUGAUUAAGCUAGCAUCUGCCCCGCUGGAUGUUCACAUAGCACUUGACUCAGCCUGUCGUGUCUGUAUCUUUUCCUUUUAAUCAGAGGUACACAGGUUGAGUAUAAAAAAAGAAAAGAAACUUUUUAAGACUGCUCAGAUAGGACAAUUUAAAUGCACUGUACAAUUUUCCCAGUUUACAGGUUCUUAUACUUUUAAGGGAAAAAUUGCAAGAUUUAAUGAGAAAAAAAUUUUUUUGUUUAAAAAAAAAGUGAGCGCGAUCUCAUGCUGAUGAGCAUCUUAAAGAAACUCUUGCCAGCUUGCCGUUUGUACUUGACUAAGAAUGACUGGGACGCAACAUUACGGCGCUGUGAAUGGGAACAGGUUCUGCGAUUAUAUUAAAAAUAUAACGAAUUAUUGCUCUCGCUCUUACAGUGCAAGGAUGUGGUUUUUUUUGUACAAAUCUUUUUAAAAUAUAAAUGUUAUGAUUUUUUCCCUUUUUUUAAAAAAAACAACAGCAACACUUCAUUAUGUUUAGGGGGAAAAAUAUGUAUUUUAGGUUUCAUUGUCUUGGUGGUGUACAAGACCUGUUCUUCAUUGAAAACCAGUAGUUACAAAUCUUAUGCCUUGGAUAGACACACAACUUUUCAGGUUGUAAAAUAAAUGCAUCGGGGGAAAGGUUUUAAGGUAUAUAGUACUUAAAUAUAGGAAAUGCACACGCCUGUUGGUUCCUAUGCGAAGCAGAAGAAGAGGAAGAGGAGGAAGAAGAAGCAAACAAAAACGAAGAUAAAAUGCAUUUAUGGUCUCUUUUUUCUGUAAUUUCUAGAAUGGUAUUUGAAUUUAAUGUUCACCUAGAGUAGGCACUAUAGUAUUUAUAAUGAAGCUUGUAUUUUUAACUGUUGCUUGUUUCUCUUUAAAAAAGAAAAAAAAGGUCUCAAUGUACCUUUUUUUGGUAGUGGAAAAACACACACAGACACACAAACAGGCUGCCACAGUAUAUUUUUUUAAUUUGGCAGGAUAAUAUAGUGCAAAAUAUUUGUAUGUUUCAAAAAAAUUUUUUUUUGGGACAAGAGUGUGACAUUGUAUGGAUAAGAGGCCAUAUAAUGGCUGCUUUUUUGUGGCGGGGUGGGAUUGGGACAGAAAUCAAAACAAAAUCUGUUUGAAUGUCGCACUGAACGAGCAUCGCAGAUGGUUGUACAUAUCAAAAGUUCUUUUGGGGUUUCUUUGUUUUCCUGCUGCCAUAUUGUAUGCAGUAAUAAUGCAAGGUGAUGUUGGUUUGUUCUGUAGUGUGAUCUUUGGUCUUUCUUCUUCUUCUCUUUACCCCUUUACAUUCCAGCAUCUUUAAAAAAAAACUUCAUAUGCAGUAAAAGGAAAAAAAUGAAAAAAAAAAAUAGAAUGAAAGGGAAAAAAAUUAAAAGUUUUGCAGGUUUUUUUUUCCAUUGCCAAAAAGAAAAGAAAAAAAACUAAAAAUGGUGCUUUAUAUAUUUAGAUCGGGAAAGGAUUUCAUAUGCAAAGCAUAUUAAAAAAGAGAGAACCCCGCUGGAGUCAAUAACCUUUUUUGUAUAUGGCAAUGCAAAAUAUUUUGUUAUUCUCAGCCUUUUCUAUUCCUGUAAUGAAAGCUGUUUGUCGUAACUUGAAAUUUUAUCUUUUACUAUGGAAGUCACUAUUUAUUAUUGCUUAUGCGCUCUGUUCAGAACAGAGGCGUCAGAUUUGAUCUUUGUUUGGGUUUUUUAAUUUUUUUUAUUUUUGUAUUAUUAUUUAGAUGACCAAAGGUCAUUCGCAACCUGGCUCUUUAUUGUAUUUUUUUCCUAGUCUUUGUUAAGUUCUAUUGGGAAAACCACUGUCUUUGUGUUUUUGUUUUUUUCGGAGGGGGUGUCUUUUUUUUUUAACUGGGCAGUUGUCUGCAUUACCUGUUCAUUCACCCAUUUUGUCCCCUUAAUUGAAAAAAAUAAAAAUAAAAAAAUAUUGCUUAAAGUACA